AUGUCAGCCCAGAAUCUCCCCCAUAUUCAGGGCUCAAUCCUGACUCCCUUAUCCGAGGGGUUCGAACUAGCCAACGAUCGAAACUCGCUGCUCUCCGUCCUUAGACCAGCUUACAUCUUCCAGCCCAGCGCCUACAGCGACAUCCCUCCCAUCCUCCACUUUGCCUCUUCCCACUCCCCGAAGCUCGAAGUCGUCGUCAAAUCCGGUGGCUGCCAUUCGUCGACUUGGGCCAGCACAGACCAAGGCAUCGUGAUCGAUCUCUCUCGGCUCACCAGCGUUAGACUCUCCGAAGAUAAGCAGACCAUAGUCGUCCAAGGUGGCGCGAAUUGGGGACACGUCUACGAGGUGGCGAGCAAGGCGAACGUCGAUGUCGUGGGAGCGCCGUGGUGGUUCGUUGGCGUCGGAGGUUCGUUGGUCGGAGGUGCUCAGGGGCAUAUAACCCCGCAGUAUGGACAGGGUAUCGAUAAUAUGGUUGGUGCGACGGUUGUACUUGCGGAUGGACGCAUUGUCACGACCAGUGAGACCGAGGAGCCAGACUUGUUUUGGGCUAUCCGCGGUGGAGGAAAUCAAUUCGGGGUCGUGGUGGAGUUCGUGUUGAAAACUCACCCGUGCCCUGGUCCCGCUACUGUGGGUUUACUGGCCUAUCAGGAGAACGCCUUCCCGGAGGUCCUUCGUGUGGUUCAGGAGCUCUCUAGGCCGAAUGCAGUCCUCGAGAAAGUUGUAAUGAUGUUCACGAGGUUCCCCCCUGCCUUCAAGCCUACCGUCGUGAUCCUUCCCUGGAUCUCCGCCGCUAACUCUCGGUCUGGCGAUGACUUCCUGCGGCCCUUCCGCGUGCUGCCAACCCCACCUUUCCUUGACAAAGUUAGCCCCGCAGACGCCCUACAAGCAUCUCAUGCCACGGAUGCUACCCGUGAAACCGCGCCGCGACGGCUUAAUAUUCGUGGCGGCGCAUGUGCUGAGCUUUCCACUGAGUUGGUGACGAGCGUGUGGAACCGAUGGGUGAAGUUCACGGAGGAGACUCAGGAUGCACGGGCGACCGCCAUUAUCUUCGAUGGACACAAGAUGGGCAAUGCUGCCAAAGUUGGGAAAGAGGAGACCGCGUAUGCGCUGAGAGAACCAUUCUUUUCGGUUGCGAUUCAAGGGCGAAAUACUCAGCCGUCGACGGAUGCGGCCACUGCGGCUUUUGUCAAAGAGAUUGCGGACUACAUCCAUCACGAGAAUCGCGCGCUUGGUAUUCAGUUGAAUAUGGCUCGGGGCGACGAAUGUGCAGAAGAUGUCUUCGAUGUCAAUCUUCCGAGGCUCAGGAAGUUGAAGGCGAAGUACGAUCCGAAGGGUGUGUGGGCUAGGGGGUUCAGGAUCGAACCGGAUUUCUCGGGGACAUGAUACUUUAAUAUUGAGAAUAGAAUGAGGUUCGUUGUC